AUGGAGGACGAGCUGGAAGAUAAGAUACUGUAUCAAACGCUGUCCAAGUCCCACAUGAAGCUCCUCUCGAAGUUCGCAGUCGGCGUCGCGCCGCUCAACAGUUCGCUCAGCUACGUCUGGAAAGUGAUGCGCGUGUAUCUGCUAAAGCCGGAGGUCCUGAUCGCCGGCCUGCUGAUCUGUCUGUUCGUCCUGUAUCUACAAGCAGCCGAGGUAUGGAGCCGCGGAUUCUUGGGACGCAUCAGCAACACGCUCGGGCUGGGCGGCAAAGCGGGUGGCCGAUCCGGGAAGCUGUCCAUGUUGGCCUCGGCGGCGGAGAAGUACAGCUGGGAGGAACGCACCACCGGAAGCGCCGUGUACGCAGUCCAAGGACGACGGGCAAAGAUGGAGGACAGAUUCGUGAUAAACGAAAACAUCAACAGUAGCGGCAUAUCUCUGUUCGCGAUCUUUGACGGGCAUGGUGGCGAGUACGCGGCCGAGUACGCCAGAACCGUGCUGGUGAAGAACAUCAAUCAAAAGCUCAUGCAAUCGUCGGCGAUCGCCGAUGGGAAGGACGUACCGGAGCCGAAAGAUGAUCUGGCCUGUGCCGACGUGCAGACGGACAAAGACGAUGAGGAACGAGGUGGAAAGGCAAUGGCCGGCCCUGGGUCGGAUAAGGAGCAAGAAAUCAACGAACGCUACAAGCUGAAUGCGCACAAUGGGAACAGCGAUCCGGCGGCUGCAACCGUCCAGCGGCGGCAGAGCUUCCGCAAAUCAAAGACUGAAGACACGGUUGGUACGGGUGGUGGAGCAGCUGUGGGGGGAGCGGCAGGUGGAGGCGGUAAUGGUGCGAUCAGCAGCAACCAGCUGCUGGAGAACGAUUUGCUCAGCAAGUACAUGGGCAAUCAAUCGCCGGCCCGGCAGCAAGUGAAGAAGAAUCUCCUCAACGGAACGUCCGGCGGCGUACCGGCUCCGGUGAAACCGAAAACCUACGAAGCUCGCUGCUACGUUCAGAAUGGGAGCAUCAACUUUGGGAAGAUCCUCACCGACGAGGUGCUGGCCGCCGAUUACGAUCUUGUCGAGGCAGCCAAGAAGAUGUCGGAUUUCGCAGGCACUACGGCCCUCCUCGCUGUCAUCCACCGUAGCAAGCUGAUUGUGGCCAAUGUGGGCGAUUCGCGUGGAGUGAUGUGCGACCACAAGGGUAACGCUAUUCCGCUGUCCUUCGAUCACAAGCCGCAGCAGGUACGAGAGCAGAAGCGCAUCGCUGACGCGGGCGGAUUCAUCGCGUUCAAGGGCGUUUGGCGGGUGGCUGGCAUCCUAGCCACCUCACGUGCCCUUGGCGACUACCCACUGAAGGAGAAAAAUCUGGUCAUUGCAAACCCGGACGUGCUUUCGUUUGAUUUGGUCGAUCACAGACCCCAGUUUCUUAUCCUCGCAUCCGACGGGCUGUGGGACACGUUCACCAACGAGGAAGCCGUCGCAUUCGUUCGGGAUCGACUCGAUGAGCCGCAUUUCGGUGCCAAAAGCAUUGCCCUGCAAUCGUACAAUCGUGGCUCAGUGGACAACAUCACGGUGCUUGUGAUCGUCCUCAAAAACGGCCGGUAUGAGGUGGGAUCAUCGAGUGAUUGAGACUAAGGCGAAUGAUUCGUUUCGAAAAGGAAAGCUCGCUUCUCUUUCACGCCAAAAAAUGUCUGAUCUGGUUAUCUGCAUACCAGCAAAAUCUUAUAACAUGUAUGGAGCGCCUUUAUCACUGUUUGGCGGUAAAUCUACUGUUAUCAGACGUAAAACGUGCUAUUGAAGGCCUACUUGUCGACCAGUUGUAUUGAUUUAAACACUUUGAAUAUUGAACCAUUUUUUUUCUGUUAAAAUAUCUCCCUCAUUCAGCGUUUCUCUCUGAACAUGGGCAUGAAUGCGUUCACUUUACGAGCAUCGGGAUCGAUAAUUUUACGUUUUUCCUUUUAAUUUGUUUCAUUUGUUCCUGUAACAUUAUUAAUCUAUUUUAGCGUAAGCCACUUUCGAUCGGUUAAUCUACAUAAUUGCGCGCUCUACCCAAAGAACACUUUGAACAAAUGGCUUUGCUAAGCGGCGUGGGAAGCGAAUGGAAGAAAGCAGUUAGAUUUUAGGUUUAAUGUUGUUACACUAUCGGCUGUAUGAUUCUCUUUAUGGUAUGAUAAAACAAUGAAUGACAAAGAAGACAGCUAGCCGGAAAAGGCAAACAAAAAACGUUACUUAUUAGUAACGUAACUAAGAAAGGAUAGCAACUACAUAUUUUCCUCCGUACAUUGGACUCGCCUUUUGCUAUCGUGUGUUAUUUUAGCACAGAUUUUCAUCCCUUUCCGUUUGUCACUGAGUGCACCCCCGAGUCUGGUUUGUGUGAGGGCAUUGCACAUUUCCCCUGGAAGAGAUACGUAAAGAAGCUAGGCAUAGUAGCAUUGUAAUGAGUGAUGAUCUAGGUAGUUUGAAAAUGUGAUUUUAGAGAGAUUUCGUUUUUACUGCGAUAGGAGAAAUGUCGGUACAAAUGACGAACAAAGUGAAAGACACUCUCUCAAUCAAGUCAAACCAACGAAGCAGCAUGCUGGUUGCUCAAAAGGGGCUAGAAAAAUUGGAACAAAUUUCCCGUCUGAGUAGGUUAGCAAAAAAAAAAAGGAUACUAAACUAAUAAAACAAAAUGAGGGUGCCGUUGUGAAGAAGUAAUUCGAGCUUAUGCUUUCGAUUGGUGAAUGCAUUCUUAUGAAAGUAUGAAAUCUCUUUGACACGGUGUCACAGGACACGUUAGAAUGACGUAACGUAAGGCGGAGGGAGAGGCUGUUGGUGCCAAAAACUAAAUCAGAUCUAAUCGAUCAUCUAACCAAACCUGAUACUGUGGCAGCUCGCGUAUUGGGAUGGGAACAUUAAUAUACUAAGACGAGCGCGAGCGUGAUCGCUCGGAAUGCUUUACAAUCAAUUUAGGUGUAACUUAUGUAGAAGUGGCGCAGGAGUUGAUGCGAUCGAACGAACGAACUUACGGCUGACGAACAAGCGAGGCAGAUAAGGAUGGUGGAUUUCAACAGAAUCGUCAUUAAUCAUAGGUGAAGAAUAGUACCGGACUUGUUCUUUUCUACUUCUCUAUUUAAUUACGCACCUUAACACACUUGCAAGCUCCACCGGAACCGGAACGGUUCGCGUGGGAGUGGGUUUUGGGCAAGCAGAAUUUAGCAUAGCGGGCACAACACCGCGGAUUGUUUCUCGCUUUUUCGUAAUUGUACAUAUCUGUCGAUGAGAAGAGGCGUACAGCAAUCUCCAAUAAAGACUCACCGUAAAAUCCCUUUC